GACUUCAAGCGCAACAAUGGCACGAGGGCCCUUGGACCUGUGGAAUGCAUGGGCAUCGCAGAUUCUGGUGCUCCACAGCCUCACGCUUCAGGUCGUGCUCCUCGUCUUUGCUGGGAUCCGCCGGCGUGAGGCCCCCGGCGUGCUGAAGUUUCUCCUCUGGCUGUCGUACCUGCUGGCUGACUCCACCGCGAUAUACGCCCUCGGCCACCUCUCCAUUGGCAGUGCAGCCCGCGAGCACAAGCUGGUGGCCUUUUGGGCACCAUUCCUGUUGCUUCACCUUGGUGGCCCGGACAACAUCACCGCCUAUGCCCUGCAGGACAAUGAGCUCUGGCUGCGUCACCUACAGAUUCUCGUCGUUCAGGUCCUCAGAGCUGGGUAUGUCCUUUACAAGCAUAUCAUCAUCCGCAGCGAGAAGACUGUCCUCCUGCUGGCUACCAUUUUGAUGUUCAUUGUCGGCCUUGUCAAGUACAGUGAGAGGACAUGGGCGCUUAGGUGCAGCAACUUCGGUAGCAUCCGGAACUCUCUUAAGGAGUUACCUGGUAAUCAACUCCGUUGGUACAAAGGGUACCUACAAAGUGAGGAUUAUCAGAAUUCCAGUGAUGAAUUCCUUUUGCAGCGAGCUCACUCCUUGUUCCACAUAUGCAAGCGUGGGAUAGUAGACUCGGUGAUCGAUGUUGAUGCAGAUAAAGAUGACACUGGAACUACAAAGAUAAUCAAGAAGCUCAGGAAAGAGCCCACACUGUGGAAGGUGAUGGAGCUUGAGCUGUCCCUGAUGUAUGACAUACUCUACACCAAGGCAGCCGUGAUCCACACCUCGAUUGGCUACACCAUCCGAACCUUGUCGUCGAUCGCCAUAGCCACCUCCUUCCUGCUAUUCCAUUUCAGUGGCAGCAAAGACAACCAUAGGGGAGUGGACAUCAUCGUCACUUAUGUCUUGUUGGGUGGUGCCCUUGUGAUGGAGACAACAUCCCUUCUAAGCGCACUAGGUUCGAGCUGGGCGCUUGACUUCCUGUGUGCCAUGCGAUGGAGUUGGCUUCGGCAUGCGGCCCUUUGCACUGGAAGGUGGCAUCGACUUCGCAGGAUGGUUCUAUCUCUUCGCAGGCUUAUCACUACCAUGACGGCAGGCUACUUGAACAGAUCAAGGGGGUGGUCAGGCACCAUAGGGCAGCUCAACUUGCUUAGCUUCCGUGCUGCUCAGAUCAAUGCAACAGAUCGCUGCCUUAGGAAGCUAGCCAUGAUGCUAGGGAUCGACGAGUGGUGGGACAGCACAUGUUACUCUUGGAUUGAGGAAGUCCCAAUGGAGGUGAAGGAGGGUGCGGUUGAUAUGGUCUCCAGGAAUGAUCUCAACACCAUGGGCUUGCUCAGGCAUAGGUGGGGAGAGGUGGCACUAGAUAAGAAGCAUCCUGGGCUGUUAGAAGAACUACAGGGAUGGCGACAUGGUGUCGACUUCCACGAGAGCAUCAUUACAUGGCACAUCGCAACUGACCUCAUCCUCGCCGAGAGAGAGAACAAACAGCCUAUGGAUGUGAUGGAAAGAACAGGAGGCAGCGACAGAGCCCAACGUGUACAUUCGAUCAGGGCACUAUCCAACUACAUGAUGUUUCUCCUUGUCACUCGCCCUGACAUGCUUCCUGGCCUUCCUCAGAACUGGUUGUACCAGCGGACUUGUGAUAACCUCGAUGAAAUAUUCAAAGAGCAUCGUGGGCGCCUCAUGUCUUCCAAAGGCAAGGUUAAUAAUAGGAUCUUCACAGUGCUCAGUGCGUUGCUCCGAGGCCAUAAUAGAAUCAGGCCAUUUGGACUCAAGCAGACGAAUGAAUUUGCCAAAAUCCUACUGAUGGCACUCAAGCAUAUGUCCGGCAAAUUUGACCCUUUGGUUCCUCGCCUCACAUUUGCUCAUCAGAUUUCUCAAAUAGUGUUAAAUUGGAAGGAAGCUGACCCAGAGGAUGUACUCUUUGAUUUGUGGACGGAUUUUCUUAUCUACGCAGCCAACCGAUGCAACAGGGAGUCCCAUGCUAAGAAGCUCAAUUCUGGCGGUGAGUUUAUGACUCUCGUGUGGUUGAUGGUAGAACACAUACAUAAAACAAAACCAAAAAAAUGAGGCGUAGUCCAGCAUAUUUAUGUAUUUAUCUAUGUAUGCAAUAA